AUGGUCCCACGCGUCGGUUCUGUAGACGAUCGGAACAAGGUUGAACGGAGCAUUCAAGAAAAGAAAAGUUUGUGGGGAAUUCAUACUGCGUAUUUACCUGGAAGAAUCAAGCCAGUGUCGAUUCCUGUGCCGGGGAGUCUCUCACACGCACAAAUCGGUUUAGGUGCUGGUAUCCUCGGCGGAAAGUACUCACUUAACCCCUCUACAACAACCGAAAGUGAAAAAGCCGCAGCCAUGAAUCUAAUCCGAAAAAGCACAGAAGGUGUUGGGUCCCCUCUUUCCCGGAAAUCAACGACAACAAAACCAGAGUGUGAGAAAAAGAAUGAUGAGGCGGCUAUGAUGGCGGAUAUUGCGAAAUUGAAUACAAUGUCGAUACGGUUUAAUAAGUUUAAGAAUUUGUUGGAUAUGCCUGUCAUUGAUUUGGAGCAGUUACGAAAAUUGAGUUGGUCGGGUGUACCCGAUGAAAUCCGAUCGACCGUCUGGAAACUCUUGAUGGGAUACCUCCCAUCCAGUGCAGACCGCCGCGACGCAACACUCUCUCGAAAGCGAAAAGAGUAUGAAGAGUAUGUUUCCCAAUCAUUUGGGAGAGGCAAGGCGGGGAUUGAUGCGAGUUUGUAUCAUCAGAUUCAUAUUGAUAUCCAACGAACGCAUGCGAAUAUCCCUCUCUACCAACAUCCCAGAAUACAAGAGGCACUUGAACGCGUCCUCUAUUGCUGGGCCAUCCGUCACCCAGCCAGCGGCUACGUCCAAGGCAUAAACGACCUCGUCACCCCCUUUUUCCACGUGUUUCUCUCAUCGUAUGUCAAAGGGGACGUGGAAACAACGGAUGUCGACGCGAUUCCAGCGGGAUGGUUGACAGAAGUUGAAGCGGAUUGUUUUUGGUGUUUGACGAAAUUGUUGGAUGGGAUACAGGAUAAUUAUACGCAUGCUCAACCGGGGAUUCAACGUCAAAUUGCGCGAUUAAAAGAGCUUACGAAUCGGAUUGAUGCACGAUUAUAUACCCAUCUCCAAUCCCAAGGCGUAGAAUUUAUCCAAUUCGCGUUCCGAUGGAUGAAUUGUUUACUUAUGCGGGAAUUAUCUUUGAAGAAUACGAUUCGGAUGUGGGAUUCCUAUCAGGCAGAAGGCCCGGACGGGUUCUCAGAUUUCCACCUCUACGUCUGCGCGGCAUUCCUCGUGAAAUUCUCAGACGCCAUUAAAAAAAUGGAGUUUCAGGAAAUGAUCAUGUUUCUUCAAUCCUUACCUACCCAGAAAUGGGAUGAAAAGGAUAUAGAAUUAUUGCUUUCGGAAGCCUACAUGUGGAAAAGUCUGUUUCAUAAUUCGCCGAGUCAUUUGGGGGGUGUUUCGUAA